AUGGAGGGAUUACUUACUAAGAACAUAACUCCAAUUGAAGACAGCACCAGCCUUAUUCCAUUCCCCAUCAUGAAGUUCAAUUUUGAAAAUUUGAUUAGGGAUAAUAUUAGGAAUGUGGUGUGUAUUGCAAGCCUAAAUAUCAAAGAACUUUUCUUCUCUGUUCUCUCUGCCUUCUUCUCUCUUCUUACUACCAUCUUCCUCCUGAAUUUAUCACUACCUCAAGUCCUGAAUGCCAAAAGCCAAGAUUGUCUUAAGGGUGAACUUGAAUUGUUAUGUACAGGAGAAUUUUUUCACGUGAGGUGUUGUGCACAUAUCAUGAACUUAGUAGUUCAAGAUGGAUUGAAAGAAGUUGAUGAUGCUGUGAUUAAGGUGAGAGAAAGUUUGAAAUAUUGUAAGGGAUCACAAGCUAGAAAGCAACGUUUCUUAAGUUGUAUUAAGCAUGUAGGUCUUCAAAGCUCUAAAGGUUUAAAACAAGAUGUCAUAACACGAUGGAAUUUUACAUAUUUAAUGCUUGAAAGUGCAUUGUAUUACAAGAAAACUUUAAUUCAUUUUCAGAAAGUUGAUGCUAACUAUAUUCAUUGUCCUACUGCGGAAAAAUGGGCUAAAAUUGAAAAAAUUUUCAAGUUUUUAAAAGUUUUUUAUGAAGCUACUCUUGCUUUUUCUGGGACUAAAUAUCCUAUUGCUAACUUAUACUUUCCUAAUGUGUUGAGGGUAAGAUUGCUUUUAAAAAGUGAGAUGGAGAGUACAGAUGGUUUUAUGAAGAAAAUAGCUUGUAAGAUGUAUGGAAAAUUUGGGAAAUAUUGGAGUGAUUUUAGCAUUAUUAUGGCAGUUGCUGUUGUGUUAGAUCUUAGGUUUAAGCUUCAAUUUGUUCAAUGGAGCUUCAAAAACGUUUAUGGGGAUGGUGUUGAAUAUGAGGAAGAAGUGGCUAAGGUAAGGGAGAAAACACAAGAAAAAAUUAUAAAAUCUAUGCUUUUAAACUAUCUGCAACUUCUCCAAGAAAAAAAUUUGGAAGUUUACAUGAUAGAAAUGUUGAAGAUGCUACCGAUGAACUUUGAUAGUUUCUCUAAUGAGCAUAGUAUUGUGAGUAUGAAAUCUGAUUUGGAGAUGUAUUUUGAGGAGCAACUAGUGCCUCGUUCAUGUCUUGAAGCCAAAUAUUGUCCAUUCUAUUGUUUGUCUAAGGAUUGGACAUUUAAAGGAGUAAAAAUGGAAUCACAAUUGGAUGAGCUUUGUAGGAUGGUAAUGAAGAUUAAAGUUGAAGAAAAAGAAGACAUAUCUUGCCCUAAUCCAAGUCCAAGUUUCGAUCAAUAUGAAUUCAACUCAAAAGCAUCUUCCUCAGCCACCAUAAUUUAG